AUGCCCAGAGGUGCUGGCCCCUCAGCAGGCACCAAUGGCGGGGAGAAUGGCUACGAGACGCCCUCCGCCUCUGACCUCCAGAGACUGAUGUGGGUGAAGAAGGGCACCAGUGCCCACAUGGAUGAAGUCGUGCCCAGGAUUUACAUCGGAGACAUGUAUGCAGCCAAGGACAAGCGACAGCUGCAGGGCCACAACAUUUCUCAUGUGCUGAACGCAGCGCACGGCAAGUACAACGUCAACACGGGGGCCAGCUUCUACAGGGACACCAAGAUCACGUACCACGGCGUGGAGGCCUUUGACAUGCCCUCGUUUGACCUCAGCCCCUUCUUCUACACGGCCGCUAAGUUCAUCAAGAGUGCCAUGGACACACCAGGAGGUAAGGUGUUUGUCCACUGUGCCAUGGGCCUGAGUCGCUCCUCCACACUGGUGCUGGCCUACUUGAUGAUCCAUGAGAACAAGUCCCUGCCCGACGCCAUCAAGGCCGUGGCCGAGAACCGGAACAUUUGCCCCAACCACGGCUUCCUGGAGCAGCUCCGGCAACUGGACAAAGAGCUGUACAGCCAGAGGAGAACAGGAAACGGCGUGUAGUGGACUAGAGCAUGCUGGGAAGGGACCGGACAGGCCAGGAGGGCAUUUAAUGAACUGCAGACGCUUCAUGAAACAGUCUUUGCAACAACAGCUUGUGUCCAAUAGUCUGCAUCCGAAGCCCAAAAGUGGUGUGUUUUACUGUAUUUGUGACCAUAUUUGAACUCUCAGUCUUGUGAUAUCACCGUCUCUUCAGGGCCUAUUGUGGUCACUGUCAGUUUAUAUACGUGAAUGUACAGUAUAUGAAGUCUUUUUUGUUUA